GAUUUCUUGGAUUGUGAGGCAACUUGGAUUUGUUUAAAUGAGGGAAACGCAGUUUCUAAAAAAUUAUUUUAUUCUCUUCGUUGUUUAAGUUGAAUUCGCAAAUAGCACCGUCAGAAUCUUAUAGAAAAGAGAUAUGACGUCUUCUUUAAAGUCUUCUACCAUAAACAAUGAUAUCGAAGAGACAAUGGAUAUGCAAGAGCUUUCUAAGAGUCAUGAAUCUUUGGAGAUGAUGGAUAAGGAACUACGCCGUCUGGAAGAAGAAAGUAUUAAUAAGCCGUUCGGUCUAUUCAUUUGGAAAAAUCCAAAGGUUUUCACUGCAGUGUUAGCAUGCUUUGCAAGCACUGGUGGAUUACUGUAUGGUAUAGACCUUACUCUUAUCAGUGGAGCCAAUCUUUACUUCCCCCAAGACCUACAUUUGUCUAGCGGACAGGAAUCACAAGUUGUUAGUUUUAUGCCGUUAGGAGGCGUCUUGGGAGCCUUGAUGAUUUAUUUGUUGAAUGAGUCUCUUGGAAGAAAACCAACUAUUAUGAUAGCGGCAGCAUUUUAUACGGUAGGAGGAAUAUUGGAGGCAGCAUCGCAAUCCUAUGGCAUGCUUAUUAGCGCUAGACUCAUUGUGGGAAUCGGAGUAGGCAUUGAAUUGGGCUCUGUCCCUAUGUACAUUGCUGAGUGUUCUACGAAACGAUGGAGAGGUGGUUUGGUAUCCCUCUACCAACUUAUGAUCAACUUUGGAAUGCUACUUGGCUAUGCAGAUUCUGCUAUUUUUCAUGGAGUUUCAGGGAAUUGGAGAUACAUGCUGGGGUCUUGCUGCCUUUUCUCUAUUAUUUUACUAAUAGGAAUGAUAUUUUUCCCAGAAAGCCCAAGAUGGCUCAUGAGACGAGGAAGAAAAAUAGACUCAUACCUUACCUGGAAAAAGAUUCGUGGUUUCGAGGAUAGAGAGGAGAAGGAAGAAUUUUUCUACAUGGAAGAAGUUGUUACGGAGGAACGAGACGAAGCUGCGAGAAGAGUUGUUUGGAAAGACUUUCUUACAAAGCCUCGUUGUAGAAGAGCAGCUGUUGUGUCCUUGGUUUAUAUGAUUCUCACCCAAUUUAGGAAUUAGCUCCAUAAGCUAUUACAUGAGCACUUUAAUGGAAAAAUCUGGACUG